CUAUCACAUGAACGGGUACUUUUCCCUGUGAAUCUUUUGCUCAUGAAACACACAUGCAGUCUCUGUGAAAGGAGAGCAGAUAAAAUUCUUCCAGUUACCUGUACGUGUUUUAGGAGCAUUUCUGGCUGUCGUAUCACCUGUGUCUAGUCUCUGAAGAUCUUGAUUUUCAACAGCGUUUAAAUCCAUCUAUUUAUCUGGAUCCUGACAUCGCAUUUGUUUGCUCACCUCCAGUUUCUUUUUCUGCUUCAGGAGAAAUGUUGCUUCGCAAUGCUAACAAAAUGAAAAUAUUGUUCUACAGCCAUAUACUUACUUUGCUGAUGGCUUUUAGAGGUUCCUCUCAGUGUGAGACUGAAGAGAGACUGUUCAGCAAGCUCUUUGCUCAUUACAAUCAGUACAUUCGGCCAGUGGAAAAUGUAUCUGAUCCUGUUAUGGUACAGUUUGAGGCUGCAAUAACUCAGCUUGUUAAUGUGGAUGAAGUCAAUCAAAUCUUGGAGACAAACUUGUGGCUUCGCCAUAUUUGGAAUGAUUACAAGUUGCAGUGGAAUCCUGUGGACUUCGAUGGCAUUGAAUUUAUGCGUGUCCCAGCAGACAAAAUUUGGAAACCUGAUAUUGUUUUAUAUAAUAAUGCUGUCGGAGACUUUCAAGUUGAAGGAAAGACAAAGGCCUUACUUAAAUAUAAUGGCUUAAUAAACUGGGCUCCACCAGCAAUAUUCAAAAGCUCAUGCCCAAUGGAUAUAACUUUUUUUCCAUUUGACCAUCAAAACUGUUCAAUGAAGUUCGGGUCUUGGUCUUAUGAUAAGGCAAAAAUAGAUCUCUCCAUCAUUGGGUCAAAAGUUGACAUGAAAGAUUUUUGGGAGAACAAUGAAUGGGAAAUAAUAGAUGCUUCCGGGUACAAACAUGAUAUCAAGUACAAUUGUUGUGAAGAGAUCUACACAGAUAUAACCUAUUCUUUUUAUAUCAGAAGACUGCCCAUGUUCUACACCGUUAAUCUUAUAAUGCCCUGCCUCUUCAUUUCAUUUUUAACAGUGCUGGUCUUCUACCUUCCAUCAGAUUGUGGGGAAAAGGUCACUCUUUGCAUAUCAGUAUUGCUUUCCUUGACUGUGUUUUUGUUGGUAAUCACUGAAACAAUUCCAUCUACUUCUCUUGUAAUUCCACUUGUUGGGGAAUAUCUCUUAUUUACUAUGAUAUUUGUAACUUUGUCUAUAGUGGUCACAGUAUUUGUGCUCAAUAUCCACUACCGCACUAGAACAACGCAUAAAAUGCCUGGGUGGGUAAAAGAUGUCUUCUUGAAACAUUUGCCUAAAUUGCUCAUGAUGAGAAAGACUGUGGGGAAGAGAGAUCGACCUGGUUCCAAAAGAACCAAGAAGAGAACUAGCAGUAAGACAACAAAACUGACAACCUCCGAGUGCAGAGAUGUCGAAGUGUUUGAAGAGGAGACAUAUUAUCACUGUAUGAAAUCAAGGGAAAGAAGUGCCAGAAGCCGCAGACUACAGCAGCGGGAACUUUGUAAUGCAGCUGAACAAUCUCCUGGUGAAAUGAAAGAUGUUGUCGACAGUAUUCAGUUUAUGGCGGAAAACAUCAAAGAUCAUAAUGAAAGGAAGGAGGAAGAAGAUGACUGGAAGUAUGUUGCUAUGGUCAUCGAUAGAGUCUUUCUCUGGGUGUUCAUUAUCCUGUGUGUAUUAGGAACCACCGGUUUGUUUCUACAGCCUAUGAUGGAUCUGAAGAAAACAUAACACUUUUAUAUAGGGAAUUUUUACAUGUCAUUCUUAUAGAAAUCAUAAAGACACUACUCAUACAAACUCACAGAUGUUUAUUUCAUUAAGUCCAUGUACAGUCACUCCUAGUAACAGAAGAGAGUGCACUUGCAUAUCAUAAUAGAUGCCAAAUACAGAUUCAACAAAUAAGAGAUAUAGGGUGGAAUUCAAAUGUUUGAAAAGUCGGUUGGGUGUCUGUAUUUUCCUGUCUAUUAGAGUGGAAAAAACAGACUCCCAACUGACUUUUCAGACAUUUGAAUCUCCCCCAUAAUGUGCAGUAAAGAGUACAUCCAGGUGGAAUUCCCUUAGGCUGAGCAUUGUUAGUUGAUUGCACCCUAUAGUUGAGGUGAUUCUUAGUAGAGUCCCAGAGGAGGGGAUCAUUAGUUAGUGGCUAUGUUGAUUUAUUUAAGAAUGUCCCUGUCCAAUCCCUAUGAGAGGCACAAGAGAAAAAUAAGAGAGAAAACCCCACUACAAGAGAGGUGUGUAGCUUCUAUGGGGAAAACAAUUUAAAAGUAUGUGACUAUUUCAGCAGAUUAUAGAAGCAUAUUGAUUCAAGUUCAAGUAGUUCAACAUCCUACUUUAUUAACUUCCUACUGUGAGCUGACUAGUCAGCAAAGAGACUGUUUGUGACAGUAUAAGUAAAGUCAGGGCCGUAUCCAAGUUCAAGUCGACUGACAUUGUCUUGACCUUGUCUGCUUGUUCAGUGGCAUUUUGCUGAGCAGACUAUAAACAAUGUACCGAAAAAGAGUUAAGUCAAGAUAAGUAGUACUAAGCCAAGCUCAGAGUAGAAGGUUAGUGAAAUCCAUGCAGAGCUACAGAGACAUUAAACACAUAUGCAGGAUGAUGGGACUAGCGUACCAAGCCUGGAGCUGUUAGGUCAACCUAUUGAGUGAGCAACACUGACUAUAGUGACCAAAGUACUUGUGGCCUGUGUAAAAUUCCUGUCUAAGCAUACACUUAAGUGAUGUGGGAGAAACCUGAUGGUGGGAAUCAGGGGAACUGCUACAUUGGACAAUGUAAAGGACAAACGUGAGAGCGAUUAUCUCAAAGAUGUGUAUUGUUAGCUCUUGUGCAACAUCUAGGAGACACUGUAAUAUUUAUAGCAACUACUAAGUAU